AUGCCUUGUUUUCAGCAGCCUAAGCAUUUCCAGAGUCUGGUACUUCUGCAAUGGCCCCUGAGCUACCUUGGCAUAUUUUGGAUCUUGCAGCCAUUGGCCAUUUACCUACUGUUUACAUCCUGGUGGCCACUACCAGCCCUUUACUUUGCCUGGCUACUCCUGGACUGGAAGACCCCAGAGCAAGGUGGCAGGCGAUCGGCUUGGGUAAGGAACUGGUGUGCCUGGACCCACAUCAGGGACUAUUUUCCCAUUUCCAUCCUGAAGACUAAAGAUCUAUCACCUGAGCACAACUAUCUCAUGGGAGUUCACCCCCACGGCAUCUUGACCUUCGGCGCCUUCUGUAACUUCUGCACUGAGGCCACAGGCUUCUCGAAGAUCUUUCCAGGCAUCACUCCCCAUCUGGCCACGCUGUCCUGGUUCUUCAAGAUCCCCUUUAUUAGGGACUACCUCAUGGCCAAAGGUGUGUGCUCUGUGAGUCAGCCAGCUAUUGACUACCUGCUGAGCCAUGGCACUGGCAACCUUGUGGGCAUUGUAAUUGGAGGAGUGGGAGAGGCCAUGCAGAGUGUGCCCAACAGCACCACGCUCAUCCUCCAGAAACACAAGGGCUUUGUGCGCAUGGCACUCCAGAAUGGGGCUCAUCUGGUCCCCACCUACAGUUUUGGAGAAACCGAGGUGUAUGAUCAGGUGGUGUUCCAUAAGGACAGCUAUAUGUACAAGUUCCAGAGCUACUUCCGCCAGGUGUUUGGUUUCUACUUUUGCAUCUUCUAUGGACGAGGCUUCCGCCAAGGCUCCACUGGGCUCCUGCCAUACCCGCUGCCUAUCGUCACUGUGGUGGGGGAGCCUCUGCCUCUGCCCAAAAUAGAAAAACCAAGCCAGGAGAUGGUGGACAAAUACCACGCCCUCUAUAUGAAGGCCCUGACCAAACUGUUUGAUCAGCACAAGACCCAGUACGGCUGCCCAGAGACCCAAAAGCUGCUUUUCCUGUGA